UGAGGAAGAUGAAAACAGGAAGCUGAGAGGAAACGGGAAGAGAAAAGCAACAACUUGUGUCACUAGUUUAAAAAUGAUGUAUUAACAUGCAAUGGAGAGAUUAGAUGAACUUAUCCUUUUAGUAGUUAUCACAUGUCCACAUAUGUAUGUCCAUUCGAACAUUUGCAGACCUUCAUCAUAAGAUAUCGGUGAUUUGUAAGUUGGCCAGUUCGGACAUUAUACAUAGUGAACAUCUCGUAUUAACAUUUCAUGUAAGCUUAGGUCUACAUUAGGGUCAACGGAGGUCUGUAGAAGUGCAAUUUACAUUCAAGAUGGAUCCUCCGAAAGUUUUACCCAUCAAUCCUCGUUUGUCUGCCAAGAACCAACAGGAAAACAUCAAGAAAGUUGCCGUCACACGAGCAGGAGAACAGGCACUGUUUCUGGAGCUUGAUCAGAAUAGACCACUUGCUGCUAUUAUACAAGACAUUUCUGAAAGAUGGAAUCUGGCAAACCCUGACGACUAUGCCCUGCAGUUUUCAGAGCCUAAUAGACAGACAUACAUCACAGAAAGGAAUCGAUCAGAGAUUGCCAAUGGAAAUGUACUCCAGCUGACCUCCUCCCCGGCAAAGACAGCCCUUGGUAUUUAUGCCAAGCUGAAGGAUGGCAAGCCUGAGGAGAGGCUUGACUCUCUUAAGAAAUUGUCUAGUCUGGCAGCAGACAGCACAUUUGCUAUGGAAUUCAUUAACAAAGAUGGCCACCUGCUGAUUAUCAAGUUUGUUGUGGAUGGAAAACAUCAUGGUGAGCCCUUAUCCUACAUCUUGAAGGGAUUCGUGUCACUAAUGGACCAUGGUGUCGUGUCCUGGGAUGUCCUCCAAGUCGACUUCACCAAGAAGGUGACUGAGUGUGUGCUGAGUUCCAAGUCUGGAAAUAGCUGUAUACAAGCUGGUCUAGAAAUCCUGGAGUGUGUUGUUUUACACAGUAGUGCCUCAAACAAGGUGGACAUAGUGGAACAUUACAUUCUCGGUCAACAUGAGAAAAUACACAGCCACCUCCAGACGCCUGAGCUGCAGAAAAACUCCAUGGCUCUCCUAAAUGCUUUGUUUUCAAAGGCUAAUCCCGUGAAAAAGAAGGAAAUUUCAAAACUGGUGCAAUCUAAGAGAUUUAGGAAUAUCAUUUCCACGUAUGUGAUCGGGAGUGGGCGUGUCCCUGGAAGUGACAUGGCUCAUCACCUGUACGUUCUACAGACACUGAUGCUGAGUAUGUUUGAGGACCGUAUGAAUACUCCUGCCGACCCCCAGGACCAGAUGGUAAUAAAGAACAUUGAGACACUGAGGCCAACAGCUAUAGCCAUUGACAGCGACUCCAACCAGCCGGGGACACGCAAGUCUAACCUGUAUAGAAAAUUAGGCUUUGAGGAUCUGGCUACACCUGCCCAGGACUUUGCCAAGAACACCCCCCCAGGAAUUUUAGCUCUGGACAAUAUUGCCUAUUUUGCUGAAAAACACCAAGAAAAUUAUGUGAAGGUAGUCCUUGAAAACUCAAGUCGUCCUGAUGAGCAUGACUGUCCAUUUAUAAAAGCAAGCAUCAUGCUUACACGGAUACUUUGUGAAAUCCUGAAGAUAGGAGAACCACCACGGGAGGAGGGAGAGAAGUACCAUCCGAUGUUCUUUGGCCAUGAAGAGCCAUUCCAAGAGUUCUUCUGUAUAUGUAUUCAGCUACUCAACAAAACUUGGCGUGAGAUGAGGGCCUCCACUGAGGACUUCCAGAAGGUGUUGGGCGUGGUGAGGGAACAGAUUGGGCGUGCUCUGGACAUGCAGCCCACCUCAUUGGAGACAUUCAGGUCUCGGCUUAAUCAACUCACAUACGACGAGAUAAUUAACCUAUGGGAGAGAGAGCGUCUGUCCAAGGAAGAGUGGGAGUCCCAAGCUAUACCGAUAAUUGAGCUGCGUCAGGAAAUAACACCCUGCAUAUUGGAUCUGAUAAAACAGCAGCGUCUAAACUACCUAAUGGAGGGUACCAGGUUCCACAAGUACAACAUAAAGGGUAAAAAUAAAGACAAGAUGUGGUGUUGGCGUCUGUCCCCCAACCAUAAGUGUUUCCACUACGCUGACUGUGGUGAGGGUGACAUCCCCACACUUGACCACAUGCCAAACAAACUGCCUGUGAGUGAGAUAAAAAGUAUCAUCAAAGGGAAAGAUUGUCCCCACGUCAAGGAGAAGACUAAAGCACGACCGACGACCGCCACCACUCUAGCGUUCGCUAUUCAGCCUUCCUCGACCACCACUGACUCGCCAGAGUCUUUCUGUUUUGUUGCUAAAGAUGAGUGUGAGUUUGACAUGUGGAUGGAUGGCCUGAACAUUUUACAGAGUGCAGAGAUGGGUAGCGAACAGAAGAAGAAGGAUUUGGAACUACUUCUAAACAUGGAGAUAAAGAUCCUGAUGUUGGAUGCAGAAGGAAUAUCAAUACCCACUGAACCACCACCUAUACCACCAGAACCUGACAACUACGACUUUGCCUAUGCUAGUUUGUGAUCACACAUUAACUGUAGUCAGUGAUG